UCCCCAGUGUAUUUAGGGACUGAAUUUAUUCUUCUGGAGAAACAACAUUCUCCAGUUAUCUGUCUAGCAAGUUCUGAAACAUCCUGGCAAAGUUGGAUCCACCAUUCAAAAUAAUUGUACUACACAUCUAUCAGCCACUCCUAGAGAGCCCUGCUGUGGAUUUACAGAUGAGCAGAGUCUUCCUGGCACCGAUGAGGUGUAUCUUCUGAACAGACAUCCAGACUUUCUACCUUAGAAAUAAUUAUUCCUCGAAGUCUGACAGGCAGAGAGAAACAUCACCCAUUUUUUCAUGAGGAGCAUUCAGAUGACAAUCUUUCUUACUCAAUUAAAACCAGAAAUGGAACAUACCUCCUAAAACUGAAGAAAAAUAAAAAGCUUGUUAGCGAAGACUUUAUGCUAUAUACAUAUGGGGAAAAUGGGAAAAUGGAGGCAACACAAUCAAAAACCAAGACAGACUGUUAUUAUCAUGGCACUGCUGAAGGAAUUGCGGACUCAAUGCUUGCUCUUAGCACAUGCGAUGGCCUUAGAGGAAUCCUCUACAUUGGUGGCAAAUGGUAUGGAAUGGAACCGCUCAACACAUCCAGCACAUUUGAACACGUGUUUUACCAGUUGGAAGAUAUGCAGGAUACCCCCUUCAGAUGUGGUGUGCUGAAUGGGACAUCUCAUCAUGAGAAGAUGUUUGUGAAGCAGUCUGUGAAAUACACAUUUUUAUUGAACAGUACCUCUACCAGGGAAAAGCUUUUGAGGAAGAAGCGAGCUGUCCUGCCACAGAAAAGCUAUGUGGAAUUAUUUGUGGUUGUGGAUAACAACAGGUUUUUGCUGAAGAACUCUGAUCCUGCUGCAGUGCAAAAGGAAACAGUUGAGCUGAUUAAUUAUGUUGAUGGGAUGUAUAGAGCAUUAAACAUCCAGAUUGUUUUGGUUGGAUUAGAGAUCUGGUCAGAUACAAACCACAUAUCUGUAAUGGACGGUUCAGCCGGAGAUGUACUGAGUAGAUUCGUUUCUUGGAGACAGAAAUACCUUCUUACACGAUCACGGAAUGAUAUUAGCCAUCUCAUCAUAGGGAGAAGCUCUUACAGUGGAUCCAUUGGAAUGGCUUUUGUGGGUACUGUCUGCUCACAAGUCCAGGGAGGGUCAAUCAGCACUUUGAAUCAUAACAAUAUGUUACGUCAUGCUACAGUAGUUGCACAUGAAUUGGGGCAUAAUCUCGGAAUGAAACACGACGAUAAAAGGUGUCCUGCGUCCUAUAUUAUGCACAGCACAGAUAAUGGAUCCAGGAAUUUCAGCACCUGCAGUGCUGAUGAUUUUGAGAACCUUAUUCUAAAUGGAGGAGGAAACUGCCUUAGAAAUCCUCCCAAAACAAGUAAUGUUUACAAAGAACCUGUCUGUGGUAAUAACGUGGUCGAUAACAAUGAAGAAUGUGACUGUGGCAAACCACAGGAAUGUACUAACCCUUGUUGCGAUGCUGCAACCUGCAAACUCACUCCUGGAUCGCAAUGCGCCCAAGGACUAUGCUGCAAAAAUUGCAAGUUUAAGGUGGCAGGAGCAGAGUGCAGAUCGAAAAUGGAUUUCUGUGACCUACCUGAAUACUGCAAUGGAAGCAAUGCCUACUGUCCAGAUGACGUUUAUAUCAUGAAUGGUUACCCAUGCGACAACAUGAAGGCAUAUUGCUACUAUGGAGUAUGCCAGAGUUUUGAUUCACAAUGUGAAGCUAUAUAUGGAAAAGGGGCACAAAAAGCACCUGAUGUAUGCUUUGAAAAAGCGAAUAUUAAAGGAGAUAGGUUUGGAAACUGUGGAAUGAGAGGUGGAGUGUACAAGAAAUGUCCUGUUCAGCAUAGUCUGUGUGGCAAGCUCCAGUGCACAUCUGUUAGUCUUCAAAAUCUUCCUGCUUGGAGUGUGGUCAAUAACGCAUCUGGGGUUUUAUGCUGGUCUUCUGACUUUGACUUAGGAUCAGAUGUCCCUGAUCCUGCUCAAGUUCAUGAUGGAACAGCCUGUGGAGAAAAUAAAGCCUGUGUAGGUUUUGAAUGUGUUGAUGCAAGUCAUCUGGGCUACAGCUGUGAUGUGAAGCAGAAGUGUAAUGAUAAUGGGGUGUGUAACAACAACGGGAACUGCCACUGCAAUUCCGGAUGGGCGCCUCCGUUCUGUAACCAGUCAGGCUACGGCGGCAGCGUUGACAGUGGUCCAGCUCACAUAGAUACAUCACUUCGGGAUGGUCUGCUUAUUUUUUUCUUCGUUGCGUUGCCAGCAGUAGUUGUUACUGUAUUAGCAGUAAUUAAGAAUGAUGCAAUAAAAAGAAAGCUUUGCAGGAAAAGUAGAAGACAACACAGGGAUAACAAUGUGCAGCAAUCAAAGCAAAAUAACAGACCAAGUGACAACACAAGAAAUAAUCAGCCUGCCACGUCAAGUCCUGAUUCUUUUACCAUAUCGCAUCUCCCUGGCUCAAGGCAGCCAGCACAAACCCAGUUUCCCGCAGUUCAUUCAGGACCUCAGCGACCUGCAGUCCCGCCUAGACCAGCUGUCUGAAAAGUUUCUCGGGAACCCUCAACCAACGCUGACAAGUAACUGAUCUGAAAAAAUUAAACAUUGCAAUCCUCCAGUCCUCUCAUUGUGCAGCCAAAACACCUGAAAGCACGUACCUCUGGAAAAAACUUGAUGCUAAGAGACACUGAACAGAGAUUUUGUAAUGUCCCAUUAAUUUGCUAAUUGCUGCUGGCUGUAUUUGUGCCUCUUCUACCUCACCUCUUGGGUUUUUUACAUUGGAAGCCUGAAGUUCAACUCUUUGGUUAGAUCAGAGAACAGGACUCUUGUGAAGUGCAGCCUUACUUGCAGGCCAAAGAGAAGUGAAUUGUUAUUUACAGACAUAAUUUAUUCAUCUCUCAUCAUACGCUACUGUGAAAAUGAGAACGUAGAUGGACCUUUUGGGAAGUCUGCAGUCUGUCUACCUCCCAGACCUGCGUUCCUUGUCUGCAGCGCAGCCCUAUCAAAGCUGGGAUCUGGAUCCCAUCUCUUGUUUCCUACUAGCUGCACUAGUGUCCAGUUUGGGGAGUUCAUAAAAGUAACCACAUAGAGGGACAGCAGCAACGGAAAGAAAACCUGUAGAGAUGGAAAGAACCCCUUUGCUGAUAAGCAAAGACAGACUCACUGGCAAGCACUGUGGAUACUGGGCAACCUGUACAUUGGAGAGUAGGUCACACACUGGCUGUGUUUGCAUGCCAACUUUGGGAAUAGAAAAUCAAAAAAAGAGUGAAUAAAUUAUGGAAUUGCCUCGCCACGAAAAUACUUCUCAUCCCUUAUAUGGUCAUUUCACAGAAGAGCUGGACAAAAGGACCCACAAUAUAUCACAGGCAAAAAACCUGCUUUGGCAAGGAGUGUCUUCCAAACAAGUGUUGUCUUUCUUAUUUCCUUAGAAUCUUAAAUUGUUAUUAUCAAUUAAAUAUUCCUAUCAUUUA